AUGCCGAAAAUUUCUCAAGCACCAAGAUACAAGUAUUCUAUUAACCCACAUAUCCCAGCCAAUCGGGGAGUAGUACACUUGUCCGGAUGUAGACCGCUGACUAAUCGCGGGGCAAGGCAAUUGGCUGAGAGCGAUAUCGCUGUCGGAGUGAAAUGUUACAAGCCUUCAACCACAUCACCCGUUAAGCGAUUUAUACCCGUCUUCAUAUAA